AUGUUCCUUCUAAUGGUGGAUGCUCAUUCCAAAUGGCCGGAAGUAAUACCUAUGACAACAACGACAGUAUCAAAAACAAUUGAUGUUAUGAGCGAGAUCUUCGCUCGACAUGGACUGCCAGAGCGAUUGGUUACGGACAAUGGCCCACAAUUUGUAUCUGAAGAAUUUCAGCAAUUCAUGAGAUUCAAUGCGAUACGGCAUACCACAUCAGCUCCGUACCACCCCCGUACCAAUGGUCUAGCGGAGCGUUUGGUGCAAACGUUCAAACAGGCCAUGAAGGCUUCAAGGAAAGAUGGAGGAACACUUAAUAAGAAAUUGAGUAAUUUCCUGCUUGCCUACCGUUCGACACCACACACCACUACGAACGAGACCCCGGCUCAUCUAUUCCUUGGGAGAUCACUACAAACACGAUUAAGUCUGGUAACACUAAACACACGCCGGACAGUUCAGCAAAAACAGGAGCAAAUGAUGGAUGAAAACCGGUCUAGUCGACAGUUCAAUGAGGGAGAGACGGUACAGGUGCGCGACUAUAGACACAGUGGACGAAAAUGGAUUCCUGGCUCAAUAGACUCAAAAUCUGGUCCACUAUCCUACAGGGUGAAUGUUGGAUGCGGAGCCGUAUGGCGGAGACACGCAGACCAGAUUGUAAAAGGACAGCUUCCUAUCACUGCACCAACUGUUGACUUACCACCACUAUCCACUAUACCACACACACAAACCGUGUGCGAUCAGCCUUCACCUGAGAGAGCUACAUCUCAACAACCAGAAAUUCCAGUAGCUUUGUCUACAGACAAGACUGUAUCCACACCACCAAAGAGGUAUCCAGUCCGAACUAGGAAAGCUCCUUCGCGUUUAGAUUUGUAG